AUGAGUUUGGUACUCCAUGCGCCCGCGCCAAAGGAGGCGGAUGUUACUGAGAAAACGUCAAGUCCCGACGGACUUAGCCAUGCGAAGAAUUAUGCGUUCGCGCUGGGAAAUCGCGUGAAAUCCUUUGAAUCAGAGCCACUCCAUUCAAAUGCAUACUUGACAUAUCUAGCUAGAUACCUCAGGGCCCCCUUCGAUAAGCAACAUAAUCGACAACAAAUGUUGCAGCGGCAGAAUGUCCCGCAGUGGCCGUUCAUUGUGCAUUACGAGCUCCAGCAUGGUCGACGCCCGGUCCCGAAACCAUAUAUCGACCCGGAAACAUUUGCCACGCUUACUUCUACCGGAAACGAAGUUACCUUCCUCACCGGACGACCUUCUGCGGAGUGGUUGAAUUGUGUUGGGGCCAAAUACCAGCUGGACCACCGUUUCUUCCACCAACAUCUCGGCACUAUUCUAUCUGGCAAGAAAUACUUCUACUCUGUUCCCGGUCUACCCUCUCGAUCUCUUCAAAGCCUUCGCCUGAGGGUUCCUACAAUUCUAUUCAUCGGUGCCCAAGGAAGAAAUGUGGAUAUCAAAGGCUUGGAAACUGCCCGCGAUGACUGCAAUAAUCAACUGCGAAAAACAUUUCGAUCCAUUCAAGACAGCGCUGUGUCCGAAGCUGGCACAUCAAUUAUUAGGAACAUUGAUGUUUACGACGGGAGCCAUCUUGUCAUCCAACAGGAAGUGACGAUAUAUGUCGUUUCGCGAGGAGAACAGUGGACAGGCAAGUCAAGAGCCACCGAUCAUUUCGCUCCAGUCGCAGCCGAACUGGAGUUCUGCCCCGUUUUCUUUGAGAAUAACCUGGCCGAGACGCAGAGCAUGGCCGAGGAUCAAAGCUGGAUGCCACGUUGUCAACAACCAACCAUACUCUUGAACAGCUACUAUGGUGCAACAAUCAACUGGGAAAGAACUGGUAGCCAUGGGCCCCUAUACGCUUUGCAGGAGCUGUUAGACUUUAAUGCAGCCGCUAUAUCGCAGUAUAUCAAUAUGGUUGAACAGGUCCUUGCUGAUAUCGGAAGGCCAUACGAGUUUCCGUCCUACGAACACACGAAACUGGAAGCGAUUCUGCAUUAUGAUUACAUCAAGGCCAAACUUGGCCGAAUGUCGGAGAGCUUGACGGAAGCUCUAGCGUUUCAACGGAACCCUCCUACAAACUGGAACUGCCCGAUGUCAGCUUCUCAACAACCUGAUAUUCCCUUAACAUCAACAUCGGCAAAGUCUGUCGAAGAUUUCACAUAUCUUCUAAAUCGCACCAAAUCUCUAAUUGCCAUCUGCGACGACGGAAAAGCCACGCUUAUGAGUAAUGCUUCCGUCCAAGAUGCCAAGCGGUCGGCCGCAGAAACACAGCUGGUCACACAGUUAACGAAAGCAACUAACAGGCUAACGUUUAUUUUCCUUCCCAUCUCGUUCGUGACAUCAAUGUUUGGGAUGAACUUUCAAGAGUUCGGCCAAGGCGAUAUGCCGUUGUGGAUUUGGGCUGUAAUCACAGUUCCGCUACUCGCAAUCUGCAUUCUCCUCGUGGAAAGGGGCAACUGGUUGUCAUCUCGCUUUAAGAAAUUACUUCCGAACAGUAGUAGUCAUCGAAGUUAA